CCGAGACGCAUAAUCAACGCACAGGUAAUUUAAUGCUUCCAUGUGGUUAUAAGGAUGCCAGUUGCGUUAUAUACGGUUUGCUAGUAACCCACUGCUCGGAUCAUGGCACCUGCAGUUGAUGGUCACCUUGCUAUCCUCGCCGGCAUUCCUCUUUCCUUUGUCGCCGUCACGGCACUCUGGCGAUUCAUCAAAAAGCGACAGAAUAACCCCUCUCUUCCUCCUGGCCCAGUGCCACUCCCACUAUUAGGGAACAUCUUAUCUAUUGACCCUCAGGAGCCUUGGCUGACUUAUACCGAAUGGGGUGCUACGUAUGGGGACUUGGUCUUCAUGCGAAAUCUAGGCGAGGAAAUGGUCGUGAUCAAUUCUCAGCACAUUGCAGAAGCCUUAUUGGACAAGCGUUCUCGGAUUUACUCCGAUCGACCAUACUUAGCCACACUCGAGCCAUAUGGCUUGUCGAUUACCUUUUCAUUCUUAGGUUAUGGUGAUGAAUGGCGUCUCUGCCGACGACUCUUCCACCAAAUUUUCCGUCCCGAGUCUGCAGUAAAAUUUCGCCCAAUGCAGAUCAGGCGUGCUCGUGAGAUGGUCGUCAACCUAGUCGAUGACCCUCAACAUUAUCAUGACCACAUUGUAACAUUCUCGUUAUCUGUUGUGAUGUCAGCUGUAUAUGACUACGAUAUCAGUGCUCGUGAUGAUCCUCUGGUGCGGAUUGUGGUAAAGGCACUGAUUCCGGGCACGGCCGUGUUGACCCCAGAGAGAGCAUUAAUGCUUAAGACCUUCCCCUUCUUACUAAAGUUACCCGACUGGUGCUGGGGAUCCUCGAUCAAGCGUAGUGCUCGAGCUUCGACCGAGCGCGUCAAUCAAAUGGCCGACGUGCCAUUCCAAUAUGUGCAGCAGCGCAUGGCCGACAGCUCGUUCGUCGCUCAAUCUUCAAUGGUUGCAGAAAACUUACGACGGAUGGAAACGCAAGAGGAGGAAUCCAAACCUGCAUUUGAGAAUGCCUUGAAAAAAGCAGCUACUACUGCUAUUAUGGCUUCAUAUGAUACGACUGAGGCAGUUUUGAUGGUUUUUGUUUUGGCCAUGGUAUUAUAUCCAGACAUUCAAAAACGCGCACAAGCGGAAAUCGACUCAGUGAUUGGAAGAGAUCGGCUGCCAACGUUUGAGGACAGAGCAUCACUACCUUACAUUGAUGCAGUUAUGCGGGAAACUUUCCGAUGGCAGCCCGUUGCACCCCUUGGCUUACCACAUGCUACCUCGAGUGAUGACGUAUAUGAUGGCUAUUUCAUUCCAAAAGGCACAAUCAUCGCGUAUAACAUAUGGGGCAUUACACGGGAUGAAAAGCGGUACCCCGACGCAUCUCGUUUUAUACCAGAAAGGUUCAUCGACGUUGAUGGUACAUUAACAGGCGAUGAUCCCACACAGUUCGUUUUUGGCCAUGGCCGGCGUAUAUGUCCAGGGCGCUAUACUGCCGAUGCCUCUACGUGGUCUGCCAUUGCGACCAUGUUGGCCACAUUAGAUAUUUCUUCUGCAAAAGAUGAUCAUGGCAAAGUGAUCAGCUUCACUCCCACAUUCAUCACGGGACUGGCUCGCUGUCCUGCGGUCUUCCCUUGCAGUAUUUCAACACGGUCUCACAUUCAUUCGGACGUCGUGGACGGUUGCCGAACUGCCGAGUUUUGA